ACAAAUUGGAAGGCAAAACACUUGCCCCUAAUCGGAAUACCAUAAGCCAGCAACCAAACACUACCUAAACGAAGGGUUUAAGCAUGAAAGUACUCCACGGUAGACAAUUACCAGACGAGGAAACUGAGCAGGAAUUAGAUUAAAGAGCAAAUUUUGUGGUAGUGAAGGGGCAAAAUGGGAAACGAAACAAAAAGUUCCUCCUCCACAAAAGGCCGAGUCGCAGCGGGGACAGCUGGAGGAGGAUUUAGGUCAAGAAUGGAUCAUUACCUCUACAGUGGAGAGAAGAAGCACGUGUUUGCCGGCAUCGUUAUCAUCUCUGCAAUUUUCGGAGUUCCUUGGUAUCUCAUGAGUAGAGGAUCAAAGCAUCAGUCACACCAAGAUUACUUGGAAAGGGCUGACAAGGCUCGGAGUGAACACCUCUCAUCAGCUUCAUCCUCUUCUAAAUGAUACUCAAGCAUAUUAUAUUGAAGUGGGGAAUUUCCUUCAACUGCCUUUUAGAUGUUUGGUAGGUGUAUAAGCGCUUUAUUCUAUGGUGCUGAUGGUUGACUCAUGAUUGGUGAACAUUAGUGUUAGAAUUCCCUUUGUGGGUGAAGUUUUGUUUUAAUGUCUUCCUGUUGGGUGGAGAUAUAAGAAAAUUGAAAAUUAUAGAUCUCUGUGGAGUAGAUACUUCUAGAGUCGUUUGUUAAUCGAAUUGCCCUGUUGGUCCAACAAAUUGGCUGGCUUAUAUCUCAACAUAAUUCAGUGCUAUGAAUGCUUAGUUCUACCUUUUUUCA